UACCUGUUCAGAAAGUCUGCUGCUUGUGCUAUUUGCUUCCGCUGACUGGAGGGACUUGUGUCGCAGAUUCGACAGAUAUUCGUGACUUUCUGGAGUAUGUACUUUUUAAAUGUUAAUUUAGAUGUUACACACUGCCGUAACGUUUCUUAAUCCAGCGCAUAAUUAGUUUACUUUUUAUUUUUGUUGUCGCUUGACAGAAAAUGAAUGGAGAAAAAGCAGCUGGCUCUGUGUUUAUGUGUCGCCUGUGCAACCUGUUCUCGCCCAAUCGCUCCGAGCUGCUGGCACAUUGCUCCGAGAAUCACCCCCAGCAUGAGGCCCCAGACAGCAUUAUUACUGCACUGCAGCCGCUCAUAACUGAGCCUGUGGAGAAGCUGCUAGACAAUCCAAUCAAGCGAAAACGAGGAAGACCAAAAGGUUCUACAAAGAAGUUACAGGGAGACUUGAUGGACCAGACCACUGUUGCUGCUCAGAGUGCAGAAGAAAAUCUGAAAGAAAAAGAAUCGAGACUCAAAGAUGGACAGCAACAGUGUGGUUUUGUCAAAGAUGGUGAAAGUCAGGAUGGGAUUUUAGGACGUGAAUGCAAAGUCUGCCAUCGCACAUUCAGCAACAAACGACAAAUCCUCAAACAUAUCUGCCUUAGAGAAGAAGAUGAAGAGGACGAUGUCCAACAGCAUGGAAUUACUUCAGGUGCAGAAGAAGAUGUUGGUUCCAGAGGAACAGAUUCAAACCAAACAAAACAAAAACCAACAAGAUCUGGACUGAAAAGACAGAAAGAUACCAGCAGCUCUAAUCUCACAAGCGUUAACCGAGUUUGCAGCGAAAGAGGAAAAACAACGGGACAGAAAAAAACUCUGAUUAAUGUUGUUCUGACAGAAGACGAAAUACUUCCAGGUGUUUGCAAAAUGGUGACAGUAGAAAAUACUUCAGCAGAAACAGAGUCUUCAACUAUUCAAGGUCAACAUCAGUUUCUUGCAAGUGGAGUUACAUCCUGUGAAAAUAACCAGACACCACAAGACGAGCUAAGCUCGAAUCUGAAGUCAGAAACAAUUGGUUCAAUCAGGAAGGGAUUCCAGGAAUAUUCCAUCAAGCAAAAUGCUACCAAUUUACUCCAGAGCAAGCUGAAGAUCUUUGCCUGUGACUUUUGUAAUAAGAUCUUUAAGUUCAGACAUUCAUUGGUUGCCCAUCUCAGGACACACACCAAGGAAAAACCCUUCCAGUGUCCACACUGUGACUACGCCUCAGCCAUCAAAGCUAACCUGAAUGUUCACCUGAGGAAGCACACAGGAGAGAAGUUCAGCUGUGAUCACUGUGCCUUCAGCUGCCUCAGCCCAGGACACCUAAAGGUUCACAUAGAGAGGGUACAUCUGAAGAUGAAGCAGCACUGCAGCUUUUGUGAGAAAAAGUACUCUGACGUAAAGAACUUGUUGAAACACAUGGAGACACGGCACAACCUGAAAGACUCUGCUGUCCUCCAGACCUACCAGCAACUAAGGUUAAAGACUCGUCAGGGUCUCCGGCAGCUCCUGUACCACUGCCCCACCUGUAACCGACGCUUUAAGAACCAGCAGGAGCGAGAGCGCCACCUGCUGAUCCAUGGGCCUCAGCCACCCUUUGCUUGUCUACUUUGUGACCACACUGCAACCAAGAUGGUCGCCCUCGCCGCACACAUCAGGAAGCACCUCUUCUUGUACGUGUGCAGUGUGUGUAACAAAAAACUGGUCAGCUCGCAGAGGCUGAGGGGUCACCUGGAGGAGAGUCAUCCUGAGCUGGACAUGGAACAGACCUUCAUCAACUGUAUCAGCAUCAGCUACUAUCUGAUUCCGCCCGAAGGAGGUGGAGAAAGUGAGGAGGGCGGGGAAAAAGAGAGGGAUGCAACGUUCAAGGAAGGUGAGGCCGCCGGGACGAAGAUAGAAGGCAACAAAGGUCUUGGUGGAGAUGAAGAGAAACUGAGAAAUGAUGGGAAGCAACAGCAGGAGGAAGAACAAACCCAAUCUGUGCAGAUGAUGGAAGAAGAGAAAGAAGACAGAGUGAGCAUAGGUGGAGCUCAGAAAGAAUCCCAGGACAAAUCCAAUGAGGCUGCAGCUGAGGAGAAAUUACUUAAUUCAGCUGCAUGUGUUUCUGCUGCUGAGGCACAUGCAGAAAAAAACGAUACGUCUUCAUUACCCAUUGGCGUCCACAGCUCAUCUCUGAAAGACAGGACUCAAGAAAACACACAACCAGAUGUCGUAAACUCAUCUGCAGUCAGCAACACAGGAGUUUCCAACUCUUCAAAUUCACCUGGUGAUAUACAUUCAUCUUCAGCUUCCCAGGUAGAAAUCAGCCAAACCUCACCUGCAGAGAAGAGCGCCUUCGAGCAGGUGUUUUCGUCUCUUCAGAAAACCCGCCUCGAUAUGGAGACCUAUCAGAGGCUCAGAAAAAUCUACGGAGACCUUGAAUGUCAAUAUUGUGGUAAGCUGUUCUGGUACAAGGUUCAUUACAACGUCCACGUCCGCACACACACCAAGGAACACUUGCAUUACUGUUCAAAGUGCAGCUACUCUUCCAUCACCAAGAGCUCACUGAAACGGCACCAAAUCCAGAAGCACAGUGACCUGCUGCUGCCUUGUUCGAGUCCUGGCUGCAAAUACUCCACACCUGACAAAUACAAACUGCAGGCACAUAUGAGGACUCAACAUGAACAGGAGAGCUGUGCUGUAUGUCCCAUCUGUCGACGCACUUACCCACAGCACAGAUUAAGGCACCACCUUAAAUCAUCCCACCCAGAUAAAGUACCUGUUGGAGGUAAAGGACCGAUGGUGCAGCGUGCAGAGAAGUGCCCUUACUGUGACUCCUACUUCCUGAAGAACAGCAGUGACUUUCAGCAACACAUCUGGGCCCAUCAAGGUUUGAAGCCCUACGUCUGCAGUGUGUGCAGCUACUCAAGCUGCAAUCGGAGUAACCUGAAGACCCACAUGAACCGACACAGCAGUGAGAAGCAUCAUCUCUGUGAUCACUGUGGUAAAAGGUUCAAAUCUAAGCUCACGCUGAAAAGUCACCGACUGAACCACACAGAUGAAGGGAAGAGGUUUCGAUGUUCGGACUGUCCUUUUACGUCUGUUUUUAAACCUUCCUUGCUCAGACACAUGGAGCAGCAUGCUAAGUUUAAGCCAUUUCGUUGCGCUCACUGCCAUUACUCAUGUAAUAUUGCUGGUGCUCUGAAGCGACACUUCAACAUCAAGCACCCAGAAGAAACUUAUGAGAAUUCUGGACCAGGACUGCCAAACUCUGAAACCCUGAAACAGCAAGGUGGGAUGAAGUGCCCAGAGUGUGAGUUUGUUUAUGGAACAAAGUGGGAGCUGACCCGUCACUUGAAGACCAAACACAAUUUGAAAGUAGUCGAGGGUAACUGGGAGGUGGCUGAGGAGACAGAAGCUCAGUAUGUGUCUGUAGAGAAUGAAGAACACCUGACAGAAGCACCUUUAGCAGUCCUGGAGGACAACAGUAAUGUCCAGCAGAUCACUGAACUGAGCUCAGAGACUCACAGUGCAGUAGCCUCCGUGGUAGCAAUGGCUCCAGGCACAGUGACUGUAGUACAGCAGGUGCAGGUUGCUCAGGAUCAUGAAGUGGGUGAUUGCAGCAACCAGCUGAUGGUGGUGAAUGCAGAUGAAGGACUCGAUGGCAACCAGGUGAUGGUGGUGGAGGAUGGACAUGGCCUGGAUGCUCUAACGGUCCUCACUCAGGGAGAAAACACUCACCACUACAUCGUAUACAUCCAGGAGCAAACAGUGGAAAUCAACUAGCAGUGUUCACAUUUCAGCACCAUGUAGCAAGUGCCAAUAAAUUUAAUAAAUAGA